AUGCAGCGGCGAAGACCAGAAAUGGCGGCAGCGAUAUCAGCGACUUGGGCGUUUGCCGGAAGACGAUUGGGAUCCUCUCCACCUCUGUCCUGUAGCUUGUCUUCUUCAACUCCGAACACGAGAAGAAAGCUUGUUCUGUACUCGAAACCAGGAUGCUGUCUCUGCGAUGGUCUUAAAGAGAAGCUUCAAGCUGCUUUCUCUCUCUCCGCUCCCGAUUCACUCCACGACGUUGUUCUUCAGGUUAGAGAUAUUACUACGAAUCCUGAAUGGGAAAGGGCUUAUCAGUAUGAGAUUCCAGUCUUAGCUAAAGAAAAUCCUGAUGGUAAAGAGGAAAUAUUGCCAAGGUUGUCUCCACGUCUAAGUGUGGAGAUCAUACAGAAGAAGCUAGUUACUGCAUUUACUUGA